CCGGUCCCGGCCCGGUCCCGGUCCCGGUCCCGCAGAGCCCGGCUGGGUGCUGACGGAGCCAGAGCGGCGGCCGGGGCGACCCGCCGGCCCGAGCGCGCUGGGGCAUGGCCGUCAAUGUGUAUUCCACGUCCGUGACCAGCGAGAACCUGAGCCGCCACGACAUGCUGGCCUGGGUGAACGACUCCCUGCAGCUCAACUACACCAAGAUCGAGCAGCUCUGCUCAGGUGCUGCCUACUGCCAGUUCAUGGACAUGCUGUUCCCCGGCUGCGUCCACCUGCGGAAGGUGAAGUUCCAGGCCAAGCUGGAGCACGAGUACAUCCACAACUUCAAGGUGCUGCAGGCCGCCUUCAAGAAGAUGGGAGUGGACAAAAUCAUCGCGGUGGAGCGGUUGGUGAAAGGGAAGUUCCAGGACAACUUCGAGUUCAUCCAGUGGUUCAAGAAGUUCUUUGACGCCAACUACGACGGGAAGGAGUACAACCCGCUGCUGGCGCGGCAGGGCCAGGACGUCGCGCCCCCUCCAAACCCAGGUGAUCAGAUCUUCAACAAACCCAAGAAACCCAUUGGCACUGCAGUCCCCCAGAGGACCUCUCCCACCGGCCCCAAGAGCACGCAGAACCCGGCGCGCGUGAGCAACGUCCCCAGCAACAUCCUGCGGAAAAACUCCCCCGCGGCCCGCAACGGGGGCACCGAGGCCGACGCGCAGAUCCUGGAGCUCAACCAGCAGCUGAUGGACCUGAAGCUGACGGUGGACGGGCUAGAGAAGGAGCGGGACUUCUACUUCAGCAAACUGCGGGACAUCGAGCUGAUCUGCCAGGAGCACGAGAACGAGAACAGCCCCAUCAUCACGGGCAUCAUCAGCGUCCUCUACGCCACGGAGGAGGGCUUCGCCCCGCCUGAGGACGACGAGAUCGAGGAGCAGCAGCCAGAGGACCAGGACGAGUACUAGCCCCGGCACGCUCCCGCGCCCCGCGCCGAACCACCCCGCGUCGUUCCCCGACCAUAGACAUUGGAGGUUUUGAGUUUGUCCGCCUCGCCCUGCACUGUCACACAUCGUAACAGCGUCCAACCAGCCAGGCAGCCGAGCCAGCGGUCUCCACCUCCAGCAGAUCCUGCGGGAAGCCGCUGGCUGCAUAAUAAAUAUAUAUAAAUACAUAGAGGAGAACACGGUUGUAAAUACGCCAGCGGCUGGUGGGUGGGGAAGGGCUCUGGCCGCCGUGCCCGGGGCCGCCAGCCCGCGCCACCUCCACCCCAUAUUUAUUUCAGUCGUCGUCUUUGGUGUGAGUGCCGCAGCUGCCGAGGAGCCUGCUCCUGCCCGCCCCCGCCCGCCCCGCUGUACUAUAGUUAAAGGUUAAGUCCGUUGUAUAUUUUCCCGGGGCGGAUCUUACUUGCACUUUGCCUGCGCUGGCUGCGCCCCACCGGCCCCGGUGCCCCGUGUAGAUGGGUUGGAGCAAACAGCGCUGGAGAUCUCUGCGUUGGGGGUCGGAGCCCACCCAGCAGCCUGGGGGCGUCGGGGAGGACGCGGCUCGGAAAAGGGAGCUGGAAGAAUAAGGAAAAAUAAGAAAAAUAACGAUAAUAAAAAAAGCCAGCCCGGCUGAAGAAGCGGCCGCUCGCCCCGCGGGCGGGCGGCGGGGGACGGCCACGGGGGGCUUUGCCGGCCCCGGGGAAGGGCGUCCCGGAGGCGAGGGGCCCGCCGGCGCCCUUGGGUGCUGCUCGCGGGGCCGUCGCGGUGGCGGCGCGCUCCGAGCCCCGGGGCAGGGGCAGCGCGCUCGGACGAGGAUGGCACGCAGCGUCCGCCCCGGCCGUCUCCCCGUUCGCAUUGCUUGUCCGGUCGGUCACACUGGUUGCAAAGCCCGCAUCUGUGUUUAAGUUUUAUUUAAAAUAAACUCGUGUGGUAAAAGAU